GUGACUAAGGACUUCACAGCAUUAGUCGUGUCAGCGUAGAAGAAGGAACAUCUGUCUGUCUGUCUGUUAAUUCGCAAAACUGCAACAGAUAAACCGCUAAACAACAAACUGCGCAUGCCCGAAGACGGCCGUGCUAAUAAAGAGAGGAUACGCAAGAUGUGUUGGAGCCGGGUGUUCCUCAGCAGCUGGCUCCUGCUGCUGCUGCUGCUCCAGCUCCAGUGUUCAGAGGCAGUGCCCAUCAGCAUGGACAAGACUAAAGUCAAAGAACCGGAGCAACAGUUCAAAGAGCCCCCAGCCAGUGUGGACACUGGACUCCACUAUGACCGUUACCUCAGAGAAGUCAUCGAUUUCCUUGAGAAAGAUCAGCAUUUCAGAGAAAAGCUCCACAACACAGACAUGGAAGACAUCAAGCAAGGAAAGCUCGCCAAAGAGCUGGACUUUGUCAGCCAUCACGUCAGAACGAAACUGGACGAGCUGAAGAGGCAGGAGGUUAACCGACUGCGCACUCUGAUUAAGGCCAAGCAAGACGUCGAAGGAGGGAACGACAUCGCCGUGGACCACCAGGCUCUGCUGAAACAGUUUGAGUACUUGAACCACAUGAACCCACACACGUUUGAGGUGGAUGACCUAGAUCUGCUCAUCAAAUCGGCCACUAACGACCUGGAGAACUUUGACAAAGAGAGACACGAGGAGUUCAAGAGGUAUGAAAUGAUGAAGGAGCACGACAGACAGGAGCACCUGAAAUCACUGGACGAGGAAGAAAGAAGGAAGGAGGAGGAGCACUAUGAGGAGAUGAGGAAGAAGCACGCCGACCACCCCAAAAUUAACCACCCGGGCAGCCAGAAUCAACUGAAGGAGGUGUGGGAGGACGCUGAUGGUUUGGACCCUGAAGAUUUUGACCCCAAGACCUUUUUCAAACUGCACGAUUCUAACGGAGACGGCUUCUUCGAUGAACAGGAGCUGGAAGCUUUGUUCACCAAAGAGUUGGAGAAAAUCUACGAUCCCACCAACGAAGAGGACGAUAUGGUGGAGAUGGAGGAAGAGCGGCUGCGUAUGAGAGAACAUGUGAUGAACGAGGUGGAUUCUAACAAAGACAGGCUGGUCUCUAUGGAUGAGUUCCUGGUUGCUACAAAGAAGAAAGAAUUCUUGGAGCCAGAUAGCUGGGAGACGCUGGAGCAGAACCAGAUGUACACCGACGAAGAGAUGCGGGAGUUCGAGGAGCACCUCGCACAGCAAGAGCAGGAUCUCCAGCUGAAGGCCGUUGACCUUCAAAAACAGCGAGAGGAGCUGGAGAAACAGCAGGAGCAGCUGAACUCGCAGAAGAUAGAGCUGCAGCAGGCCGUUGAGCACAUGGAACGACUGAAAUCACAAAAAGUAGAGCCUCCUCCAGAGGAUCACGUUGAAGGAAACGCUAUCCCAGAGAUGCAUCAAGUUGACGAUCAGUUGCAUUUUGAACACGAGGCUCAACAACAACAACAACACGGACUUCACCCUGGAUACCUUGCUCCUGAAGAUACGCCUCAGGAACACCAUGGCCAACAGAAUCCAGACUUGGCUCAGCACGGACUCCCACAGACGCACCAGGAUCUGCCACCAGGCCACCACCAAGUUUCACAAGACCAGCACAACGUGCCCUAAAGCCUCUGUUGAAACUUGAAAUCACCAGACUCUCGCGGCGCCUCCUCUCCAGCGUGCAGAGCAACAGUCCCGCCCCCGAGUGUCACGACUCUUCAAGCAGCGCGACGCGGGGGGUUUUGGAGCACAUUCAACGCGAAAAGGAAAGCUGCACAAACUGAAUCUUUUGAACGAUGCCAGUGUUUGAUAAUAACUGUAAUCUCUGGAUUACACAAAAAGAAUUAAGUGUACAAUGACCAACCGAGGACAUGCAUCUGCACAUGUGCGUACUUUGUUGUGUCUGAUGACUUCAGAAAUCAUCGGGAAUGUUUGGUAAUACAUCUCUACAAAAAUCGAAACAUUUUUUGGACUUUCUUGACCUGUCGUUUGCUGUUGAAAGUACAAAACCUCUAAAUGCCACUGGACCCUCAAUCUAAUUAAAAGAAAAGUAAAAGUCA